CAGCGGCAGCAGCUGAUGAGCCGCAGCAGCAGCCAGAGACCUGACAACACCUGAGAGGAGAUAAUAUUAUCACAUACACGCAGACAUGCCUGCCAACAAGGACGACGGCGGAUGGAAGAAGUUCGUGUGGGACUCGGACAAGGGGGAGCUGCUGGGCCGAACCGGGGGCAGCUGGCUGAAGAUCACGGUGUUCUACGUCAUCUUCUAUGGCUGCCUGGCCGGGAUCUUCGUUGGAACCAUCCAGGCCAUGCUGCUGACGCUCAGCGACUACAAGCCCACCUGGCAGGACCGGGUCGCCCCUCCCGGCCUCUCCCACACCCCCCGGUCGGAGAAGUCUGAGGUUUCCUUCAGCACCAGGGAGGUGGAAACCUUCCUGCCCUACGUCAAGUCCCUGAGGGAGAUCCUGGCCAAGUACAGCGACGACAUGCAGAAGGACCAGAUGAUGUUUGAGGACUGUGGAGAGGAGGCCGGGGAGUACCGGCACCGGGGAGACCUGGAGAGCGACAUGGGGGUCCGGAAGGCGUGCCGGUUCUCCCGGAGCCUGCUGGGGCCGUGCUCCGGCCUGCAGGACGGACAGUUCGGCUUCGACCAGGGAAAACCCUGUCUGGUGGUGAAACUCAACCGGAUCGUAAACUACCGGCCCAAGCCUCCGAUCAACAACGACUCCAUCCCCGAGGCGGCUCAGGAGAAGGUUCAGCCCAACAUCAUCCCGCUCUUCUGCACCCACAAGAGAGAGGAGGACGCGGGGAAGAUCGGGGAGAUCAAGUACUACGGCAUCGGCGGCGGCGGCUUCCCGCUGCAGUACUACCCGUACUACGGCAAGCGGCUGCACCCGCAGUACCUGCAGCCGCUGGUGGCGCUGCACUUCACCAACCUCACCAUGAACACGGAGCUGCGCAUCGAGUGCAAGGUGUUCGGGGACAACAUCUACUACAACGAGAAGGACCGCUACCAGGGCCGCUUCGACAUCAAGAUCACCAUCAACAAUUGAUGGCUGUCACCAGGACCACAGUCCCCUAACCCCCAACCCCCCGCCCAAACCCUUAACCCCCCCCGACCAGCCAUGUAUCGAGAGAUGAGCGCGGGUUUAGUCUCGAAUGAAUCAAAAAGGAAACAAAAUCAGUCCGCCUCAUCUCGAGCUUCAACACUUUCUAGCCUUAGAGUUAAAUUUAGAGGAAACGGGCCUUAGGCCUGCAGACAAAUCUAUUUAUUCUGUUGUAAACUCCUUCUCCACGAGCCGCCCAUCGUCACCCAUGACCACCUUCAACCUGCCGCCGCCUCGCGGGGGUCCGGGACCCGUCCGGGACCUGUCCGGGACCCGUCCGGGAGCGGCGUUUCCCCUCCUCGCCGCGCCGGACCUCCUCGUCUCGUCUCCAGCAGUCGCAGGGCUGGCGUGCCGGAGACGGACGCACACACUCCCGUCUCGCCGGUGAUUGAUUGGUUGCUCCGCUCUUCUGGUCCGGGGAAGAAAAAGGCUGCACUCCAGGAACCGGUCCCCCCUUCCCCUUGUCUUUUUCUCCUCCCCCACCUCGCUCUUCCCAUAUGAAGGUCUUAAUGCUUUUGUUUCAUGCCUUUUUACUUUGGAUCUUGGCCUUGAAUGUGCGCCCCGCCCGGCGGACGCCCGCCCGCCUGCCGGGAGGGGGCGGCGGUGCUGUUUUUAAACACUUUCUCCUGUUUCUUGUCUGUUUUUAUUUCCCGCCGGGAUCUGAUCUCAGCGUUUGUGGCGUACCUGAAUGUUUGAACCAUUUAAAGAUGGAAGAAUUUUAUAUUUAUGCAGAUGUACAUUUUGUUUCUUUGCAGAAUAUUGUAAUGUAUAAAUGCAAAACCAAAGUGAGUGGGAGAGCCGUGCACGUUGCAGGCGUGCCGAGGUUUUGGCGUCUCGCCUCGCGACCUUUAACCUUUAACGAGGUCGGGAGCGGCGGGACGGUCCUGCUCGCGCCAGGGUCCGACUGCAGGCGACUUGAGGCUGGUAGAUAAAAUAUUCCAUAGGAUCUCACGCUGCGGCGACUCGGUCGACCUCAGACGUUCAUCAGUUCACCCCUCUAUCAUUUCAUCAGAGAUGAGAAUCAAUAAAGUCCUAGUGAACCUUU